CGAACGAAAAGGCCGAAAAGCCUCAGCCUCAAACAACCUAGCAAGACAACCCUACCGACGUCAAACACAAAUUGUUGUUCAGUUUUUAUUCAUUAUUUCAAAGUUAAGAAGGUAUUUAUAAAAUAGAAUGGCUUCCGCAAUGGAUGUCGACGAAGAGGAAGUAGAGAUGGCUUCGUCCAGUAGUGGCAAAGGCGACAAAAAGCGUUUCGAAGUCAAAAAGUGGAACGCAGUUGCCUUGUGGGCUUGGGAUAUUGUGGUGGAUAACUGCGCUAUCUGCCGCAAUCACAUUAUGGAUCUAUGCAUUGAAUGUCAGGCUAACCAGGCAUCAGCCACUAGUGAAGAGUGCACAGUAGCUUGGGGAGUCUGUAAUCAUGCCUUCCAUUUUCACUGCAUUUCGCGUUGGCUGAAAACCCGGCAAGUGUGUCCUCUAGACAACAGAGAAUGGGAGUUCCAAAAGUACGGACAUUAGAUCUCGGCUGGCGAUGGCGGGCCAAGACCACAGACCUCCAUGUGUAUUAAAGUUGGGUUUAUGUCAAUAUUUCAUUAAGAAUUCAAUAAAUUCACUAAUAUUACAAUAUUUUGAUUAUUAAUUCUUGGUAUCUUGUAAACUUUUAAUUUCUAUUUGUAAUAAAAAUUGGAAAACAUUAUUAAACUAA